AUGUUAAUGACAAUCGACUACCGGAUUCGGAGCCGUAAGAUCCAACAACGUGCCAUCUGUGUCAUUAUGGGACAAUUCACCGCCCCCACCGCUGUCGUACACCCAUCUCAUACCGCCGGAGGCCUCGCCCCAAUGGACCUCUCCGCCCUCCAAACCUAUCCCACUCAACGCUCUGCCACCGAACAACGAUACACCUUUGUCAAUGGACAAUUCAAAACCUCCGCCGCGGAAAAACAAUAG